AUGAGCAACGUGAGUCUCGCUCCCACCGCUGGUGGAACAGUAGGCGCCGCCACCGAGCGGAGCCAUACGUGCGGCGUCUGCGUCCUGCCCGACCCGACGACCGAAUUGCACGGCGUCAUCACUGGCCUGCACGACGUCGUGGGUCACGGGGCCUUCCAGCGGCGCGUGCUCAUGUUUGGCGUACUGUCCACGCUGGUGCUGCUGUGCCACGCGUUCUCGUACUGGCUGAUCGCCCGACCAGUGGACCACUGGUGCCGAUCGCCCGACGGCCUGCUCGAGCCCAGCGGAGCGUGGAAUAACGCCGCCAUACCGCUUCUCGCUGACGGCAGCUUGAGCCAGUGCACAGUCUACGAUACGCCAUCACAGAAAUUGAAGACGCAGGAGGAGGUCCCGUGCAAAUCCUGGCACUACAACACGACGAGUCCGCAGGACAGCAUCGUCAGCGAAUGGGACCUGGUGUGCGACCGAUCCUGGAUGCUGACUUUCUCGUCGGCCGUUUACAUGUCGGGAGCCAUAGCAUGCGUGCCUGUCUCCGGCGUCGCUGCAGACCGCUGGGGCCGCAAGCCCGUCAUCAACGCCUGGGUGGUCGCUCUCCUGGUCGCCGGCUUCGGAUGCGUCGCCGCCAGCUCGUACUCCCUCUUCGUGACGUCGCGUUUAGUCGUGUCGGCCGGCACCAGCAGCAUUGCGGUGAUCACCUUGAUCCUGCUCUUCGAGGUGACCCGCGAGGACCGACAGGUCCUGUUCGUGCUCAUAUACGCCAGCAGCGGCCCGUUGCUCCUACCCGUCGUCUACCACCUCAUCGAGGUGUACCGACUCAACUGGCGGAUGACCCAGAUGAUCCUCAUGCUGCCGACAUCGCUGCUCGUCACCUGCGUUUAUCUAGUCGAGGAAUCGCCCGCCUGGCUGCUGGCCAAUUGGAAAACGCGAGCAGCCCAGCAGGUCGUCCUCCUAGCCGCCGCGGUCAACGGAGUGCCCGCGCAAAGCGCGGCAGAGGCGUUCCGCCACAUCCGCGAAAGAUUCGAAGGGACGGACCUGGGUCGAGACACGACAUUCGUGGCCUCUCCCAAUGCGUUAUUCCGCAAGCUUCGCUGGGCCACGCUGCCCGUCGAGCUGUGCUGGUUCACAACGUUCUUCGGCUUCUACGGGAUCAACUUCCGAGGCGCCGGCGCGUCGCCGGUCGUACCGACGGCUUCAGGGUACCAACUGUUCGUAGCCCUGCAGGCACCCCUGGUCGCGGCCACCUAUUGGAGCAUCCGGCGUGCUGGACUACGCGUGACGCUUUGCGUGCUGCUGUGCCUGACGAGCGCGGUCUGCGCCAUACAGAGCCUCCUUAAACCAACCCCCGCCGAGGGUGACGUCAUUGGCGUGGUGCUUCGAGUCCUAAUCAUCUUGGUUCUGUGCCCAGUCUACUUGCACACGGCCCAAGUGUUUCCCGCGGAGGUGCGCUGCAUGGGCUUUUGCGUGUCGUACGCCAUCGGUCAGUUCGGGGCGCUCGGCGGUUCUCUGUUGGCAUCCUCGAACGAAAUGACGUUCGACACGUUCCUGGGCGUGACGUCCUUCGCCGCUUUCUGUGGUAUCCUGUCCAUAACGGACUCGCGGCCACUCGCAGAUGCUCCGAAAGCAUUGAGGCCUUUCACGCCGUCGGAAGGGAUCAGCGCCUUUCAACACCACGGUGCCGAAGAGGCGAACAAAGCGUGGGAGGCGGUAGAAGCGUGCAGGAAGACCUCCGUUGUUUCCUUUGCCGCCGUGGACGUAAAGUCGGACCCUACACGGCCUUCUUUAGCGGCGACCCCCAGGCGCAGAUCGGUGUCGAAAUAG